AUGCUUCGUCGAAAACCAACAAAACUAGAGAUUAGACAAGAUGACAUAGAACAACUUGAGCAUAUUCGUCAAAUUUAUAAACAAAAAAGUUUACAACCACCAGGAAUAAGUGGAAAAGGCAAACGAUGUACACAAAAUGAACUUGUCACUAUGAUAAAACAACAACAGCAACAGCGGACAUUAUCAACCGAACAAAAUGACGAUUUGAUUGUUGAGGCUGAAGAGCUUCAAAAAUUUUUACAAAAAGUGUAA